AUGAAGUUCAACCAGUUCCGUGAGAGACUGUACAACCGAGUGACAGAAUCACGAUGGACUAUGCUGUAUAUCAUUGUUGCAGCACUACAAAUGAUAAUUGCCGUGGGUUUAGAAGCAGCAGUGUUUCGUCUUAACUCGAAUAUAGCAGAUGACAUAGAAAGCGCAAAGAAUAUCACGGACAAGAAUCCACAAUUUUUUCCAUCAUUACCAGAUACAAACUACAACUAUGAUAAAUACCUUCAGCAAUUUGAAUCAAUAACACACAGUAACAUAUGGUUUAUGGUCUUUCAAGCCUUUGUAUUUUUAUUAUCACUUAUUGGGUUAUCCUCUCAAAACACAAUCGAGAUCAUCGUAAUAGGGAUUAUCAAUAUACUUCUUCUACUCUUUGCCCUAAUUCAAAUAUUUCAAAGCACUAAAUGGAUAAACCGUGUAAACGGACAACUCGAUCAAGACCGGUUGGUUUCACCUACUUUUAAGUUCCCUGACAAGAUCCCCAAGACUGUUAUUAGUUUCGAAGUUGUUUUGGUAUUGGUCUUACUUGUCUUCGCCGCUGCGUCUGUGUAUCUUGGAUAUCGGUUGUAUCGACAAUUUGGAUGGAACAUUUAUAAAAAAAUUGGAGCCAACAUUCAGAUGCAGAUAUUCAUAAUGCUGCUGAAGUUGAUGUUCUUGCUGCUUAUGAGUUUCCAAAUCCUUAAUCUGGUCUUCUUAUUCCAAAACAAAAAUAUCAAAGACGAUGAUACUAGCAAUACUCCAACUAUCAUAUUCCAAAUAGUAAUGGUUUCCAUUAUUAUCCCUAUGGUGGCGAUAGCAUGGUGGGGAGUACGGCGGGAAAACAUAUUGGCAAUGUUCGUCUUUGCACUAAUAGCUCUCACGACCAUUGUUUACUUCAUCUAUGUUCUCGCUAGAUUUAUCAUUAGUAGAGACGAAAAUAUACUAACCUUAUUGGACAUAUUAGGAAUAGCACUAUGUAUAGCAUCUAUGUCAGUUGCAUACAUGGCAGUUCGUAAUUUCGACGGAGGAUUAAAAGAUCUUUUCGACAAAAAUAAUAGUACGCAAAAUCAAAGCCUAGACCUUGGUGGCCUCGAAUCAGGACAACCCGGCCGCAAACCCGGCAACAUCAUAAUUGAUUAA